AUGGAGGUCAAAAUGUUAUCUCGUAAAAUGGUGAAGCCAGCAAAUCCAACACCAGACCACCUUGUAGCCUCCAAGGUGUCGUUUUUCGAUCAGAUGCAGCCUCCGGUCUACAUUCCCUCAAUUUACUUUUUUAAGUCCGGGAGUACUUGCAGAGACCGCUUAGAAGCAUCGUUGUCAGAGACUCUGACACGGUUCUAUCCGCUAGCUGGAAGGCUAUCCGUUGAUGGAACAUCUGUCAAUUAUAACGAUGAAGGGAUCGAGUACUUGGAAGCUGAAGUGCUUGAUGUAACACUAGCUGAAUUGCUCGAGAAAGCUCCUACUAAUCUUGAACUUUUGCAUGGCCUUGUUCCAUGGGACGUGCAAAAGGCUACGUUGGACAAGUCCGCGAUUAUGGGCAUACAAUUGACUAUGUUUAAGUGUGGCGGACUAGUUAUAAGUACGGUCACUUCACAUAUAAUGCUUGAUGGAUUCUCAGGAUCCACAUUCUUUCGUGAAUGGUCUGUUGCUUGUAGAGCUGGACUUAGUGAAGUGAUGGUUCCGAAUUUUGGCAUGCCUUUAGUAUUUCCAAGAAAAGACCUAUCCGGAUUGAUCAAGCCUAGUGGCUCUCCGUUUAUGAGGAAUGUAAAGAUUGUUACAAAGAGGUUCGUGUUUCAUCAGAAAACGAUAGUUGGCCUAAAGUCAGAGGUCAGGGCCAGCAGCAAAAAUGUUCUGAGCCCUUCGCGUGUGGAGGUUAUUGCUUGUGCUGUGUGGAAGGUUUUGAUCAGCAUUGAUCAAUCAAAUCAUGGAAUUUUAAGGGAUUCAACGCUCUGCACUUCAGUGAACUUGAGGGGAAGAACCGGAAUCAAAGAAAUUCCCCAAAAUGUUUUUGGCAAUUUUUACUUCCAAAUUCCUACCAGAUUCAAGACUGAAAACAUUACAAAACCUGAAGACCUGGAGUUGCAUCAGUUGGUGAGUUUGUUUAGUAGCACCAUAAAAACCGAAAUCAUGGACUGCUCCAAAAUUUCAGACCCGAACGAGCUAAUGGCAAAAGUAGCCAAAAAUAUCAACAUUAUACGCGAAGACAGGGGAAAUAACAGGGUAAACUCCAGGUUUUUUAACACAUUAUGCAACUUCCCAAUGUACGAUGUUGAUUUCGGGUGGGGGGAACCAGAGUGGGUUGGUGUCACAAAUGUGCCUGUGGAACUUGUUGUUUUGAUGGACAGUAAAUGUAGGACGAAAGUUGAAGCAAUGGUGAGCUUAACAGAAGCUGAUAUGCAUCGAUUUGAGAAUCAUCCUGAUAUCGUAGCAUUGACUUCAUUGAUGGAGAGCUCGCCUUAAGUGCUCGACUUAACUUAUCUAUCAAUAAAUCAGGACACUUAUCUAGUCCUCGGAAAGAAUCCUCAUUUCAUUGCUAAGAGAUGUGAAUAUUAUUUAUUUAGUAUCAACUACAUGGGAAGACAUUUAACAUGAUACAUAAAUUAAAACUAAAUCUUUUUUAUCGCCA